AUGGACGCGCUCGCUCUGCCCCGGCGCGGAGGAGCCGCGGGAAGCGGCCGCUGCAGGAGGGACUCCGGGGCGCCGGAAACCCGGGAGAGAGGCCGGCAGAGGCGCCUGAAGCGGGCAAGGAGGCAGCUGCCCAAGCGGCGAGGGCGAGAGGCUUCACUGGCGCUGGCCCAAGGAGCUGGCGCGGCAGCGGCCGGGGCGAGCCAUGCGGCGGCACAUCCUCUAUAUACCGCCGGCCCGCCCGCUCCUCUCACACACACGCACGCAGGGCACGGAGCCGCGGCGCUGCCCGCUCCGCUCCCCUCCCUCCCUCCUCGCCGCUCCUCCUCCCGCCCCGCCAGGCUCGGCCCCCGAGGUUCCCCCGCGCCCAGGGCAGCGCCGGCGGCGCCGCGGCGCCACCUCCCGGCCACCGCCACCGCCCGGCCACCGCCGCCCGCUGCUCCUGGCCACCGCCGCCCGGCACUUGCCUUCCGCGGAGCGAAGCCCCGUGCAGCCGCCUCGGCUCCUCCGGAAGACAGAAGGACGGCAGAGAGACGCUGGGAAUGGGAGAUCCGUCUCCCUCCGCGGGAAGCACGCGUGGGGCUCCGGUACCGCACCGAAAUGCCCGCCAAGGGAGCGAGGAGUGCACAGCAGCUCUUCUGCCACAGGACGUCUGUGAGCUUGGCCUGGGUUUCCAUCUGCACCUUUGUUUCACUGCUGAGUUCCUGCAGCAGUCCAAGCAGGCUUCAAAUGAGUUUCGCAUUCCUGACGUGGGACUGUGGCACUGCCUGGAAUGGAAACAGCACUCGCUGUGUUCACAGGAGCCAGGGCAGCUUUUGGAUACACAAUUCUUGUGCAAUUCCUGCUGAGUGCAAUAGGAGAUCUCCAGGACUAGUUCUUCACAUUUCUGGAGGACAGCAAAACUCAAAGUUAGUCAGAGAUGUUCUUGAAUGUCACAUUCAACUGGAUGUAUUAUGGGGACAGUAUCCUGUAAAUAUGAUUUCCUCCUGUCAUUGCAUACCUACCUUUUGGUGAGUAGUCAUUAAAUUCACAUUAAGUUGGCUCAUAUGAACAAGAAAGCUCUUUAUGUAUAUUCUUUUACUAUUCCAAGGAAUUCUUCAGUCUUAGUUUUGAAGCACAAAUAUGAACAUUCCAGGUCAAAAGUCAAAGUUUUAUUUAAAAGCUUUUGUUCAUUUUAAUUGUCUAUCAAAGACAGAGCCAUGGUGACUUCCCAACAGCUACACUGCUGUGUAUUUAUUGAUUUAUCUAUUCUAAACUAAACCAUUCUCCUUAAAUUUAACAAGCUUCAUGGUUAAUAAACCCAUGUGAGAAAAUGCAUUGAAUAUGUAUUUUUGCUCACAUCUUGUUUACUCUCUACUACACUAUUUGUUAUAAACCUCUUUUAGCAUUCACAUAGUGAAAAGCAUAUUGCAACUGUUAUUUGUGUUGUUUUGUUAGACACAUGUAUAAAUUAAAAUUGGAAAUACCAACA